AUGUUAUCUAGAAACUUGGUAUUGAAACCGAUAAGGUCAUCAUUACCACAUAGAAUAAUAACAUCUAGAUUAUUACACAAUUCAAUUUCACUUCUACAACAACAACGACCACAAGAUCAAAAAUCAACCACUAUCACUACAAAAAAAAUUUAUAAACCACCAAUAACUAUAGAACGUGAACUACCUGAUCCAUUCACAAAAAGAGAUCAAAACAGAAGAUACUUUGUAGUAUACGCAAUAGCAAUAACAUUAUCAUGUAUUUUCAUUUUUAAUUAUGAAAAAUCUUCAUCACCAAUAGUAAAUUCAACAUUAUAUUUUUUAAGAAGAUCAACAAUUGGAACUGAUGCAUUAGGUUCAAAUAUAGAAUUUGCAAGUAAUUGGCCUUGGAUUUGGGGGAAAUUAAAUACUGUUCAAGGUAUAAUUGAUAUUAAAUUUAAAGUUAAAGGAUCUGAUCAAAAAGGUUGGGUUAUAUUAAAUGCUACAAGAGAAUCUAAAAUGCAUCCUUUUGAAAUUCAUAGAUUUAUUUUGGAAGUUGAUACUAAUAAUGCUAAAGUUGAAUAUAAUUUAAUGGAUGAUCCAGAAUUUGAAUUUGAUUUGUAA